ACAGUCACAUGAUCAACCACAUGACUGAAACAUGGCGCGGAGUACAACAAUAAUGUGUCUCGAUAUGCUGGUCCGCGGUGUUUCUGGGAUAGUUCUGUUAAUGACAGUCGUCAGUUGUCCUGUAUUUGGCUAUGACUACCCGUUUCAAGACCCUAGUCUGUCCUGGGAAGCCCGCGUUGAUGAUCUAGUGGGUCGGCUGACUAUUGAGGAAAUUCAGGAACAAAUGGCGAGAGGAGGGGCGGGUUCGUUCGGAGGCCCUGCCCCAGCUAUUCCCCGUCUGGGUAUCGGGCCCUACUCUUGGAACACUGAGUGCCUGAGGGGGGACGUGCAGGCGGGGAACGCAACCAGCUUCCCACAAGCCAUUGGCCUGGCUGCCUCGUUCAGUCGUCAGUUGGUGUAUGACAUCGCUGAGGCAACAAGUGUGGAGGUGCGAGGGAAGUUCCGCUACUACACGGUCAACAAGCAGUAUGGAGACCACCGUGGUCUCAGUUGCUUCAGCCCCGUCAUCAACAUAAUGCGGGACCCAAGAUGGGGACGAAACCAGGAGACGUAUGGAGAGGACCCACAUCUGUCAGGUGAGCUGGCUGUGAGUUUCGUGAACGGUUUGCAGGGAACUGACCGCCGCUAUAUCCGAGCCAGUGCGGGAUGUAAACACUUCGCUGCCUAUGAUGGUCCAGAGAACAUCCCAUCCUCCAGAAUGACUUUUGAUGCAGUUGUGUCCGAGAGAGACCUACGUACAACGUUUCUGCCAGCAUUCCGAGCCUGUGUGAAAGCAGGCUCUCUCAGCAUCAUGUGCAGCUACAACAGUGUGAAUGGCAUACCAGCUUGUGCCAAUGAGUACAUUCUGACAGAGAUACUUCGGAAGCAGUGGAACUUCACUGGGUACGUGGUGAGCGACGAAGGUGCCAUUGAAAACGUCAUCUGGACACACUUCUACAAGCACAACCAUGUUGAUGCUGUCACAGCGUGUGUCAAGGCCGGCUGUAACCUGGAGCUGUCGGGGGAUGACAAGUACAAUGUCUACACCUCUAUUGUGGAAGCCAUAAAACAACGCAAACUGGAUGAAAGCCUUGUGCGAGAUCGGGUGAAGCCACUGUUCUACACCAGAAUGAGACUUGGCGAGUUCGACCCACCAACAAUGAAUCCGUAUGCAACAAUCGACAUGUCGUCUAUUCAAGGUGCAGCUCACAGACAGCUAUCUCUGGAUGCUGCCAUGAAGUCAUUUGUCUUGUUGAAGAAUACAGGGGGCUUCCUACCAUUCAAAACCAGUGGCUUCAACAACAUUGCAGUGUUAGGGCCAAUGGCUGACAACAUGAAGCAGCUGUUUGGUGACUACUCUGCGACUGUGAUGCCACACUAUGUGACCACCCCGCUCGCUGGCCUGAAGGAGCUGGCCGUCAACAUCGCCUACGCUCCUGGGUGUGACGACAACACAUGCUCCAAGUACUCCAGUGCAGAGAUCAGACAGGCCGUGUCCGAUGCCCAAGUGGUGUUUGUGUGUGUGGGGACAGGUCAAGUUUCAGAGAGUGAAGGCAAUGACCGACAGGACAUUCAGCUCCCUGGACACCAGCAGGAUUUGGUGCAGGAUGCAGUCAAAUACAGUGAUGCUCCAGUGGUUGUGAUGGUGUUCAGUGCUGGGCCGGUCAACAUGACAUGGGCUGUGGAGUCAAACAAGGUGCUGGCCAUCCUGCAGUGUUUCUUCCCAGCUCAGGAGACCGGUCAGGCGUUGAUCAGGGUGCUGACAGCAAGAGGUACCAACUCUGUCCCCGCUGCCAGACUGCCUUACACCUGGCCUAGGUACAGUUCAGACGUCGGCAAGAUGACCGACUACUCCAUGUACGGCAAGACGUACCGCUACUACCAGGCUGAUCCCUUGUUCCCCUUCGGCUACGGCCUGUCCUACACCACCUUCAACUACACCAGCCUCACCUACCCUGCAGUGAUACAGGCUGGGCAGAACCUCACUGGCAGAGUAGUCGUGCACAACACUGGACAGUAUGAUGCUGAUGAGGUGGUACAAGUCUACAUCUCUUGGGAGAAUGCCACAGUCGUCACACCGAGGCUGCAGCUGGUGGACUUCAAUCGAGUGUUCAUCCCUAGUUCCAAGAUGGUGGAGGUGAACUUCACAGUGACUGCAGAAGCCAUGGCAGUCUGGGUGGACACCACUCGGGGCUGGGUGGUGGAGCCUGGCACAAUGGACCUCUAUGUCGGUGGCCAGCAACCCAACCAGACGACAGUUGCCGAUUCCAAUGUCCUCCAUGGCACCUUCCAGAUAAAGAGCUCCAUAUCACUUGGUGUUUACUGAACAUGCCACAUUCACAGGGAGGGUCAUCAUUGAAAAUGACCUAAUUUUACGGGUGAUUUGUUAUUUUCAUGAUAGCAAACUACACUCGUGUUACUUUGAGGACCUUCAAACCAUCACUCUUUUAGGGAGAGUUAUUAUUAUAACAACGAAAACUCCAGAAUUUACCUUAAUGGUGAUGGUUUUGCACUUUAAGACAUUGUAUGCAAAUGGGCGUGUUACUCAUUCAUGAUUACUUGUAGCUCCCGUUCAUCAGGAGUUUAUUGAACUGCAUAUAUUCUCUGAAGGAAUAUACAACAAAAGUUUAAUAACACCUUCCACAUUGCAUGAUGGACAUCCUGGGUGCUAAUGGCUUGUUCAUUUGAAAGCUAUCAUGCAAACUGGGUUCUGGCUUUCAAACUGCAUCAAACUUUCAUGAAACAGCAAUCAAUAAUGGAACUUGUUCCUUUGACCAAAUCAAACAUAACCCCAAAUUAUUUCAGUAGUUUGUGUGUCAUGGCCCAACCAUUGCUGAAACAUAACUGGACAAAACUAUUUCCAACACUACUUGCAGAGAUGCCAACCCUUACGAUUUUAUCGUAUUUGUUAAGAAAAAAGCAACACAAAAUACACGACUACGAUAGCAGUAAAAAUAUACAAAGUUUUCCAAAAAUAUGUUAAGUUACAUUUUCAAAUAGCAUACGUACCAUUGAAUAAAUUUCAAACACCUUUUAUUCAGUAUCAAGCUAUAUGUGGAUACUUACUUCUGAUUUAGGUAAGUACGAAGUUAAUAACAAGUUCUUAGAAUAUCUAUAUAUUUUUAUUAAACACAAAAUUUCUUUGGAAAAGUUAAUACUAAUUUUUGCAUCAGGUUUUGGCCAAAAUACUAAUUGGGUUAAAUAAGGGUCGGCAUCUCUGUACUUGUCUACUGCCGUAAUUAUGUUUUGAUGAAUAUCAGUGUUUUGUUAUUUGAAAGAAUAUCAUACCUGGCAUAGAGCUUAUAUGUGUCACUUGUUGGACAAAUGUGUGUGAGAAUGUGCGUGUGAGUCUGUGUCCUUGUCAGUGUUGAGGGUAUACACGGAAUGAAUGGAUAAUGACCAAUUUGAAUAAUAUCCUUUGACAAUGCUGAGUGAUGAACAUGCAAUUAUUUAUUGAUUGACAAUGCCUACAUUGUGUAGUAGUGACAUGAACAAGUGCAAUGACACUUAAUGCAUUAUUUUAUAUUGUUGCAAUAAUUAUUAUUAUGGGACACAAAUUUGAAUGUUUUUCUCCAAGGUAGCACGCUUUUUAACUGUAAACAGAGAUCGGUGUUGGUUUUAUUGAGGUAACAUUAUGUAACAUGUCAGUAUUAAAACCGAAAUGUCAAGCCCA